AUGCAGGGCCCAGGCGGCCCCCUCCCCACCCCACUCCCCGCAGGCGAUGCUGGCUUCGGGGUCUGCACCAGCCUAGACUGGAGAUAUUUUCAGCUCCUGGAGGAAUGGGCGUGGGAGAAUGUCAAGGGCUUGGGGAGACUCUGGCUGUGUUUUAUCCUAAGUUCCUCCCUCUCGUCCUCUCUGUGGCCCGUGAGGGGAAUGAGGGAGGAGAGGGUUUUCUAUGACUAUGCUAGCUUUUAUUAUCAGCAAGAGGGCUCCUUUUGUAAUUUGUGCAUGAAAUUCAUGUCAUUUCCUGGGGAGAGGAGAGGGCUGACUGGAGAGGGUGGGGGGCACGCUGGGGGAGCAGGCCCGGGUUUCCUUCCCUUGGGGCGGGGAGAGGUGUGGAGAGGGGGCACUACCCAGCUCACCUGA